AUGCAUGUGUUCAGGAUCUGGCGCGUGCUGUGCGUGCUUGGCUUCCUGGGUGCAUCCUUGUGUGUGAAUGAGGUCGAGUAUGAAGGGAACUAUGCAGACAACUAUGGGAACAAGAUCUUGCAGGACCAACGGGAGGGGGAAUCUCCAACCACGCCAUGCCCGGCUGCAGAUAUCACCCGCUGGGACAAGCUUUUCAUCGCUCUGGAGGACUCCCACAUGAGGCAGAACAUGCUGCUGGAGUCUCUGAAGCAAUGCUGUGGAGGAAUGGUCUCUCUCACGACCAAGGUGGACAAGCUGGCUAAGGGGACGUGCCAGCAGUGUCUGCCCACCCUGGAGUCAGCGUGCAGGGCGCAUGCAGAGCAGGCGAGUGUCAGGCUGCAACAGGGCUUGGUGGAGCUCCGGGAGGAGGAAGCUGAGAGGCAGAGGAGGUUAAACACUACCUUACAGCAGCUCCUGCACGGUGGCCAUGAGGGGAAUGCCCGGCUGAAACCUUUGGAGGAAGGUGAAGGCCACAGAGUGGUGCCAUCAGGAGCAGCAGACAGCAGGAUGGGACACCAACCAACACAGAGACCCGGAGGUUUAGGAGCAUCUUUAGGCUUAGGGAUGAAGCCGUUUCCAUCUCUCCUGAAGGAGCAGGAAGUGACUUCACCGCUGGACAUGGCCACAAUGGAAAAGGCCCUGGUUGCCAUAGCAACGGAACUGCAGAAGGUUCACCUGCAGCUGAGCAGAGUGAUAGAGCAGGCAGGAACAUUGAGGAAGGACAGAGGAGACACCUGA